AUGGCACGAAAACAAAAGCGAAAUGUGCCUCCCGAAGGUACAGCGGCCGCUUCAUCCGGCCCAGAAGCUACAGUCCUUGAUGACGCGGCCGGCAACGAGAGCGCCCAAAGCAGUGGCGACGGAGAUGUCUUACUGGAUACGCAGGCACCCCGGGAGGCGCCGGACCUUGAGCACGAGGCUUCGUUGAACUCCGACCUGCCGCUUUCCAGCCAGCAGGGUGGAGGCGCAAGGUCUGCUCUCAUGGAGGUCCAGAAGAGGACACGAAGAGAAGGCAAGGACACGGCUGGAAUGGGGCAGUUCCUUUACAUCCAUUUUUAUCUUUGGCCGAUUAAGGGUCCUCAGAGUGGGACUCCAAGCCUGGAUCAUCUAAACCCAAGGCUGCAGAAACUUGCCCGGAGCGUUGAGUCGCUGUUUCCGCCGGGUACAUCCUUUGACGUUCGUCGCGAGGUUCGCCUCAAUCGUCACUUAAAUCAAAGGGAUCACAGGUACUGCAAUAAGAUUCACAAAAAUCAAGACAUGUUGAAAUUUAAAAUUACUCUAUGCGAGGAGCAUAGAUUUAUACCGGCCGAGUUUGCAAACGCUUUGUCUCCAUGCGACGAGUUGCCAUUCCACAUGGCCUUUGUAUUUGACCCUACGCUUGUGGCAGAGGUGACACACUACAAGAAUAUACGGUGCCCUCCCAAAAGGGAAUCUGGCACGACUGAAGGCACUUACUUUGUGGCGGUGUUUAGAGGCGUCCAGGUAAGCUCUAUUCGUGAGCUGGUGGACGCCUUUUUUCGCGCCUACUUGGAGAAAACCGAAGCAGAGCUGGAGAAGAACCACCCCUUUCCCCUUAUUUCCACCGCAACGAGCUGCCCCGUUCAAGAGCCGUCCGUUUCAACUACAGCGGAGGCCGACGAUACGGGGCAGGAGAAACCUGCUAAGAAGUCAGACACGAUUCCCGUGGAGUUCGUGUCGCCGCGAGCCUUUCUUGAAGAAAAGGAACAUCAUAAAUUGAUCAACGGUCCUGUGCAACAGGUUUUGGUGCGUGACAGGCAGUUGGGGGUGAUGGUGCUUGGCCGCGCAUGCGACAAAAACAUUAUUGGCCCUCCAGCUCGUCCCGCGACGGGGGCAAGACGGGUUUUGGCCUCCAAAGGCAGCGAGCAAAGCAGCACGCACUCCGCACAGUCGAGGAGUGCGGAUGUAAUUCUCCACGUACCUUCACCACUGCUUCCGCCAUUCACGCUCUGGCACCUCACCGGUGCCACUGUGGAGGCAGUCGGGGUCUUCACACGUUCAUCUUCAUCCACUCCGGAGUUCCGGGUUCGGUGCAGCAGCCAUGACGACGACGACGACGACGGCGACGACGACGACGAAAACAACGACAACGUUGUACUUGCACAAUGGGCACAGAAGCUCAAAAAGAAACGGACAAGGGAAGGUAAAAUCCCCCUCACGCAGGACGUCAUGAACCUGAAAGAUGCCCACAAACUUCUAUCUGGUCGCCAAGCAAAGGAGAAGUCGAUGCAAGGGAAAAGGACACGGAGCACGUCUUCUGUUCCCCUCGCUGACGUGGAAAGCUUGACUCAUUACGGCGAGGCUUUGGACGCUUUUAGAUUGCAUGAUGAGAUGGGCCCCACCCUCGGGUGGCUGUUGCGCUCCAGCACGGCCUUCGUCAUUGACUAG